GUAUAUUGACCUAUGUCAAAGCAGAUGUUCACCAUCACUAGUGAUUUCUAUACGUUUGUUUAGGAUAUCUGCUAUUGCUCGUCGUGCCAGCUGUAGACAGUCUUUGAUCUUAGUUGUGCAUAAGCUUUUUGAUUGUACAACGACACGAUGAUAUGUGCUUAAUUGGCUUAAUGAUGCAUGUCGGAGAAUAAUCUAUCCAAUUGAUCUUGAGGUGAUGCCAGCGAAUGUUCUGAUUAGAGUGCGCUAGAGAGGGGACGCGAUGUGUUGUGAUAUAUGUGAUUUGUUCGUGGGGAGGGAUUUCGAUCAUCUAACAUAUCACCUUCCUAUGAAGCACGGGGUCGUUCAAAAUGUCCAUAUCGGUAGUAAGAAGCCCAAUCCAAGGUGCUCCUGAUACUCACGCCAUAGAACCGGGACACAGCAGGUUUAAGGAAUGUCUGUCUGCCACUCCACCAUCUAGACGGACGACUCCAGACUCGCAAGCCGACGACCGAGACGACCGAGAUGACUCAGUCCCGGACGGUGGUACAGCAGCGUGGCUGAUCGUGGUGGGUGGAUGGUGUGCGAUGUUUUCCAGUUACGGAUGGCUUCAUAGUAUUGGCGUGUUUCAGAACUACUAUCAGAAUGUCAUGUUUCCAGGCUAUCCUGCGAGUACGAUUGCGUGGAUCCCUUCAUUUGAAGUCUUCUUCAUGCUUGCUUUGGGUCCUAUUGUCGGCCGGCUGAGUGAUACGUUUGGACCGCGCGCAGUCAUCAUCGGAGGCUCAUUCUUUCAUAUUUUUGGAGUCAUGAUGGCUUCUAUAUCAACGAAAUACUAUCAGAUUCUCCUCGCACAGGGGGUCUGCAGUCCAAUAGGUCUCUGUGCCAUAGCGCAGCCAGUAUUGAGUGUCAUGCCCAGUUGGUUCAACAAACGGCGCGGAUUGGCGUACGGGAUCAUCUCGUCUUCCGGAGUCGGCUUCGGUUGGGCUAUGCGGAUCACUGCCUUCAUGAUGUUAUUAUUUCUUAUCGUCGCUGGUCUCACUGUAAGGGAGCGCGUGCCUCCACGGCCGGAGGUUUUGAACAGAGAGGUCCUCUUGCACCCGUUUCGGGAUGUGAAUAUGGUCGUGCUUCUUGUCGGCGGCACUUUGCUGAGCUUUGGCGUGUGGUGUCCAAGUAACUAUAUAGUUACGUCGUCAUUGGCCGAGGGAAUGCAGACCAAUCUGUCACAGUACCUCGUGUCCAUACAGAAUGCUGGAAGUCUGUUAGGGCGAUUCUUUUCUGGCAUUUUCGCAGAUAAAUUCGGCCCAUACAAUAGUUUUAUAUUUCUUACUGCCUGUUGCGGUAUCCUGGUGUUGGCACUUUGGAUGCCGGGUACCAGCAACUCCGCCAUCAUCGUUUUUGAUAUACUGUUUGGAAUCACGUCGGGCGCCUACUACACUCUUGUCGUCGCUUUGGUAGCACCCAUAGCCCCGCCUCAAGAAAUAGGAUACUGGGCUGGACUGAACUUUUUCUUCGCAUCAAUCGCGGGACUUGUAACUGGAUCCAUCGGAGGCGCGAUCUUGGCCCAUGACGACGGGUCUUACUGGGGUAUGAAGGUCUAUUCCGGCGUUCUCCUCCUGGUGGGAAGUGUGAUUGUGCUGGGGACGCGACUGCGACUGACGGGGUUGGUACUGUGUGCCAAAUGUUGAGCCCCCAUCGUCCAAUCUCAUACACCCGAGGAUGUAUG